AUGCAACUCAUCCAAGUCUCUCUCCUCGCCCUCCUCUCGAGCUAUGUUGCAGCUCAAGAUGUCGAUAACGAUGAUGUCCCAAUUCAAUGCAGAAGUGUUUGUACCAGCAUUGUCACUUUGACUCAGGACUGUGACCGUCUACACGACGACAACGACAGAAGCUACCUCGACUGCGUCUGUAACGGUACCAAUGCAGCUACCGAGAUCCCCGUAUGCGAGGCCUGUGUAGCAAACUUUGACCGUGACGGUGCGGACAAUGACGUCAACGAUCUUGUCCGCUCCUGCUCGUUCUCAAGAACAACCUACGUGAGCAUGACGGCGUCUCCAACUGCUUCUACCAGUGGAGGACCAACAGCAGCUGGAGGUAGCCAAACCACUCUCACCGGCUCCCAGACCAGCCCUGCCGUUACGGAAUCAGCCUCUAGCGUCAUCAACUCCCUCUCUUCUGUCCUUUCCAGUGCCACCAACUCGGAGCAGAUUGCUUCAGUGUCUUCCUCAAUCGCCAGCUUGACUUCAGCUGCUGCUAAUCCUACCGAUACGAGCGCUGCCAGCGCUAAUAGCGUCAAGGCAGCUGGUGUUUUCGGUGCCGUGGUGUUGGGAAUGAUUGGCCUUGCUUAA